UACCUGCCUGUGCGUUGCACCUUACUUCCGGACUGUGCGUUCCACAUACAGGAAGUGAGUUUUCAUCGACUGCUGCAGCCUCGCAUUGUCCGUGGAGAUCAGGAACUCCAGCUGUAGGGAACGGAGUCUUUAUUACACAUCACACGUUCUGUAUUAUCUCUGAUUCACUGAGGAUGGACAAGGACAGUAGUCACAGGACUGAGAGAAUAAUAAAAAUCACCCUGAAGAUCAUCUACCUGCUUACUGGGGAGGAUUACACAGUAGUGAAGAAGACAUCCAGUGAGUGUGAGAUACUCAACAGCCAUCCCCGUGUAUCAGGAGGACUGAGUAGAACCCAGAGCCCAAUCACGGUGCCUCCACCUGACUCACUAAUACAUGAGAGACACAAUGAUCAAAAGAUCCUGGAACUCACCAACAAGAUCAUUCAGCUGCUGACUGGGGAGGAGGUGGAGUAUAUAGAGGAACACAGGGGUCUGUACAAGGACGUGAUGAUGGAGAAUCACCAGCCCCUCACAUCACUGGAAGGACCCAGUAACAGAGAUACCCCAGAGAGAUGUCCCCGUCCUCUGUAUACCCAGGACUGUACAGAGGAGUAUCACAGGAUCCCACAAGAGGAUCAGGGUGAAGCCCAAUUAAAUAAUAUUAAAAUCAAAGAUACAGAGGGAGAAGAAGAGACGUAUGUGACUGAUAUGAAGGCAGAAGAUAUAGAGGGAGGAGAAGAGACGCAUGUGACUGAUAUAAAGGCAGAAGAUAUAGAGGGAGAAGAAGAGACGUAUGUGACUGAUAGAGAGACAGAAGAUAUAGAGGGAGAAGAAGAGGCGUAUGUGACUGAUAUAAAGGCAGAAGAUACAGAGGGAGAAGAAGAGACGUAUGUGACUGAUAUAAGGGCAGAAGAUACAGAGGGAGAAGAAGAGACGUAUGUGACUGAUAUGAAGGCAGAAGAUACAGAGGGAGAAGAAGAGACGUAUGUGACUGAUAUGAAGGCAGAAGAUACAGAGGGAGAAGAAGAGACGUAUGUGACUGAUAUAAAGGCAGAAGAUGAGACGUAUGUGAGGGGUGAUCAGCAGUGUAAGGAGGAGGAGAUCCCUACAGAUAUCAGCACAGCAGAUGGACACACAAGCAGGAACAUCUCAGAAGGACAUCUAAUGUUAUCCCCGGAUUGUGACAUAAAAGAUAAUGACAGUAGACGGGAUUCUCCAGAAGCUAACCCCAUCACCCCAAUUAUACAUCCAGCUCUAUCAGCUGGUCCCUCUGAUUCUGGGGAAUGUUCUCCUGAUCACUCUGAUAUUGGUGCAUCUGUUACAGCUCUGUCAGUAGAUAUAGAGUUUCCCUGUUCUAUAGAUGCCAAAUGUUUUACACAGAACACAAAGCUUAUUAUCCAUCAGCCAGCUAAGGCAGGGGAGAGGCCAUUUCCAUGUUCUGACUGUGGGAAAUGUUUUGCAUGGAAAUCACAACUUGUUACACAUCAGCAAAGUCACACAGGUGAGAAUCCAUUUCCAUGUUCUGAGUGUGGGAAAGGUUUUGCACACAAAUCAGCUCUUCUUAUACAUCACAGAAGUCACACAGGUGAGAAGCCAUUUCCAUGUUGUGAGUGUGGGAAAUGUUUUGCACAAAAAUCAGAUCUUGUUAAACAUCAGAGAAGUCACACAGGUGAGAAGCCUUUUUCUUGCUCUGAGUGUGGGAAAUGUUAUACUCGGAAAUCACAACUUGUUAUACAUCAGAGAAGUCACACAGGUGAGAAGCCAUUUCCAUGUUCUGAGUGUGGGAAAUGUUUUGCACAAAAAUCAGAUCUUGUUACACAUCAGAGAAUUCACACAGGUGAGAAGCCAUUUCCAUGUUCUGAGUGCGGGAAAUGUUUUGCACAAAAAUCAGAUCUUGUUAAACAUCAGAGAAGUCACACAGGUGAGAAGCCAUUUCCAUGUUCUGAGUGUGGGAAAUGUUUUACACGGAAAUCACAACUUGUUACACAUCAGAGAAGUCACACAGGUGAGAAGCCAUUUCCAUGCCCUGAAUGUGGGAAAUAUUUUACACAGAAAUCACAUCUUGUUAGACAUCAGCAAAGUCACACAGGUGAGAAGCCAUUUCCAUGUUCUGAGUGUGGGAAAUGUUUUACACGGAAAUCACAACUUGUUACACAUCAGAGAAGUCACACAGGUGAGAGGCCACUGAUAUGUUCUGAGUGUGGGAAAUGUUUUACAAAGAAAUCAGCUCUUGUUACACAUCACAGAAGUCACACAGGUGAGAAGCCGUUUUCCUGUUCUGAGUGUGGGAAAUGUUUUACACAGAAAUCAGCUCUUGUUACACAUCAGAGAAGUCACACAGGUGUGAAGCCGUUUUCCUGUUCUGAGUGUGGGAAAUGUUUUGCAUUGAAAUCAGUUCUUGUUAAACAUCAGAAUAGUCACUCAGGUGAGAAGCCGUUUUCCUGUUCUGAGUGUGGGAAAUGUUUUGCACGGAAAUCACAUCUUGUUAUACAUCAGAGAAGUCACACAGGUGAGAAGCCGUUUUCCUGUUCUGAGUGUGGGAAAUGUUUUGCAAAGAAAUCAGCUCUUGUUACACAUCAGAGAAGUCACACAGGUGAGAAGCCGUUUUCCUGUUCUGAGUGUGGGAAAUGUUUUACAAAGAAAUCAGCUCUUGUUACACAUCAGAGAAGUCACACAGGUGAGAAGCCGUUUUCCUGUUCUGAGUGUGGGAAAUGUUUUACAAAGAAAUCAGCUCUUGUUACACAUCAGAGAAGUCACACAGGUGAGAAGCCGUUUUCCUGUUCUGAGUGUGGGAAAUGUUUUGCACGCAACUCAAAUCUUGCUACACAUCAGAGAAAUCACACAGGUGUGAAGCCGUUUUCCUGUUCUGAGUGUGGGAAAUGUUUCGCAUUUAAAUCAGUUCUUGUUAAACAUCAGAAUAGUCACUCAGGUGAGAAGCCGUUUUCCUGUUCUGAGUGUGGGAAAUGGUUUACACAGAAAUCAUCUCUUGUUACACAUCAGAGAAGUCACACAGGUGAGAAGCCGUUUUCCUGUUCUGAGUGUGGGAAAUGGUUUACACAGAAAUCAUCUCUUGUUACACAUCAGAGAAGUCACACAGGUGAGAAGCCAUUUUCAUGCUGUGAGAGAAAUAAAUCCGCUCUUGUUGAACACAUUAGACAUUACCCAAGUACGGAACCAUUUAAAUCUUCUGGAGUAUAAUCAUCACUGUCAUGCAAUGUUCCUCAAGGGUGAAUCCUAUCUCCUAUGCUUUAUAAAAUAUACAUGCUAGCACUGGGUGAUAUAAUCAGACGUCAUGGCCUGGUCUACCACUGCUAUGCAGAUGACCUGCUUUUUGCUCCAUGUACUGAGAACCUAAUACCAAUAAAUGGUUGUCUAGCUGAGCGCCAGGGGUGGAUGAUGCCAGUUGGCUGUGACUCAGUCUUUGUGAAACAUAAUAGAAGCUCCCCAAUAAAGGACAAGACUUUACCAACCAUCUGGAUUUAUGCUUUGGUGUUCAGAAUCGCAAAAUACUGAACGUGUGCUGAAUCUUUGUGUUGUCCUAGUACGUGGCUGACACAGACAUCAGGUAUCUGCCACAUACAAAUCCUCAUUCUUCCAUCUGUGGACCAUAGCCAGAAUCAAACACUUGAUUCCCUCGGAAGUUCAUAGACUACUGCAAUGCCAUCUACCUGGGUCACCCAGCAAAAUAAUUACAGAGCUUGCAGAUAGUACAUAAUGCAGCAGCCAAGCUGUUACCUAACCAGCCCGUUCCUGCCACAUAACACCCAUUCUCUGCUCCCUUCACCGGCUGCCUGUAAGAUGACAAAUCUAUUUCAUAAUUGGCUAACUGACCUUCCCAGCCCAACAUUACAUGGUCCAAGGUGCUAGAAGCAGCUUCUGCCUCCUUACUGCCCUGCUUGCUUGCUUCUACAGAUGAAGGACUGUUACCAGCAGUACCAAGAAUCUCCUGUCAUUCAUUUAAGGGUCAAAUUUUUAACUUUGCAGCCCUGACCAUGGAACUCACUGCCUUGCACAGUCCAAGAGACCACCACUCUAGAGAACGUCACAAAUAGACUGAUGACUGCUACUCACGCUUUUCAUUAAUGUACCUCUAUUUACUUCCUAAAUAAUACAUCCUAAAUGCUUAGGUCUUUUUUCUGCUGUUUAUUUUGUAUCUUGUGCUUUGUGUAAAUGUGAAUGUCUAAUACCAGUUUGCACAAUCUGUAUUGCUGCACGACAAUAUGGCGGCCAUUGGAACAUGUUUUCACUUCUAGUUUGCCUAACUUGUUGCAGACACUCAUCUUGAUAAGGAGUGCUGAGUGUUUUCUGAUACAAGAUCCUAUCCAUAUAUACCCUGUACAUUAUCAUGUGCAUUAGAGUCACCCGGGUUACAUCUGCAGUGGUUUGUUGUAUGUUACAUCUAUAUGGUGCGGAUACUCCUCUGUAUGAUCUCAUAAUAAAAGCUUUUGUUUGCAUCUAAUUAUUACAUUAAAUCUAUUAUUUUUUUAUCUG